UGUCGUCUGCCGGUUCCUGGCGUUCCCCGGUUCUCUGUCCCGCGACUCUGUGGGUCUCUUCCCUCAGGUUCGGGAACUGCGCCGUCAUGGCUGAGGUGAAGGUGAAGGUGCAGCCGCCCGAUGCGGGUCCGGUUGAAAUAGAAAACAGGAUUAUAGAAUUAUGUCACCAGUUCCCUCAUGGAAUCACAGACCAAGUAAUUCAGAAUGAAAUGCCUCAUAUAGAAGCCCAGCAACGGGCAGUGGCCAUCAAUAGAUUGUUGUCCAUGGGUCAGUUGGAUCUCUUAAGGAGUAAUACAGGCCUUUUAUACAGAAUAAAGGACUCUCAGAAUGCUGGCUCUGUCUCAUUCUUUUUAAGUAAAAUGAAGGGAUCGGAUAACCAAGAAAAACUAGUGUAUCAAAUCAUAGAGGAUGCAGGAAAUAAAGGAAUAUGGAGCAGAGAUAUCCGAUAUAAAAGUAACUUGCCAUUGACAGAAAUCAACAAAAUUUUAAAGAAUUUGGAAAGUAAAAAGCUUAUCAAAGCUGUUAAAUCAGUAGCAGCCUCCAAAAAGAAGGUGUAUAUGCUCUAUAACCUGCAGCCGGACCGGUCUGUGACUGGUGGAGCUUGGUAUAGUGACCAGGAUUUUGAAUCUGAAUUUGUAGAGGUGCUUAACCAGCAGUGUUUUAAAUUCCUGCAAACCAAGGCAGAAACAGCACGAGAAAGCAAACAGAAUCCGAUGAUACAAAGAAAUAGUUCAUUUGCUUCAUCACAUGAAGUGUGGAAAUAUAUCUGUGAAUUGGGAAUCAGUAAGGUAGAGUUGUCCAUGGAGGACAUUGAAACCAUCUUGAAUACACUUAUUUAUGAUGGGAAAGUGGAGAUGACUAUCAUUGCUGCAAAAGAAGGCACAGUUGGCAGUGUGGAUGGACACAUGAAGUUGUAUAGGGCAGUCAAUCCAAUCAUUCCCCCCACGGGUUUGGUCCGGGCACCCUGUGGACUCUGCCCAGUUUUUGAUGACUGCCAUGAAGGUGGUGAGAUUUCACCAUCUAACUGUAUUUACAUGACAGAGUGGCUCGAAUUUUAAGAGGGCUGUGGACUUUACUGACAUUUUGCAAGUGAAGUUAUUUUGGGAGCAAAUAACUUAAUUCAUGAUGGAACAUCAAAUUUCCUUAAAAGCAAACUUCACAAUAAUGGAUACAGACUUGCUGCUAUGAAAACAUUUUUUUUAUUUAUGAAGACUAAAUUUAUAUUGGUAGAGUAGCCAACAGAAAAUGAAACAGGUAAGGUUAGCAGUGAAAUCCAUUCUUCAGUAAAUAAAAUUCCUUGAUGCUUUGGAGAA